GCUUGCCAAACACAAGCACAAGAACGAGAGAUAGAUGGUUGUUGUACAAGUGCAUCGGAAGCCGUCGUCUAUCUCUCUUGUGCUGUAUUCUGCGUUCCAGCAUCAGUAGUAUCUAUCAGCAGCAUCAUUGGCAGCAGCAGCAGUUGCUUCCGCAUCAUAUCUAUUGCUCGAUCACUUGCUAAUUGGUCAAUAACACAGCACUAAUGAGUCACUCUGGCAACUCGUCGUCUCGUCGGCUCAAGGCGUUAAAGACUCUGAAGAGUCAAGAAGGAGAGCAACUGUACCAUCCCUCUAUAUUUCGGUACAAAUGCAUUGGUUAUCUGCAGUUGAACUCGGAUCACAAGGGCAGUCCUGGCGUGUGUCAUGGGUAUCAAGCUCGUAUGGAACGAGUGGCCAACAUGGUACCGGAUACCCGCGAAGGUUCCAUUAAAAAGUUUCUGGAAGCUGCCUCGGAUUUGGGCACGUAUGUGGAUUCGGAGGACGACACAUCCGAUCAAAAAGUCAAGGAAAUUUACACUUCCAGGACCAUGAUUUACAAGGACAAGGACCAAAGCAGUACUGCUAAUACCAGUCGCAUUCAACCCCGACCAAAGUCCUUUCCCGAAGACGAUCUCAUCCACAAGACGGAAUGGUCGUGUUGGGGAUCCACGUCCGUCCACUAUUUGGUGCUGGAUCCCAUUAAACGGAAAAAGAGAAACAGCAAAACCGAGCAAAAGUCAUCCUUGGAACUACCACCUGAAUUUGAGGAAUUGCAGCAACAAGCAGACGAUAUGUUGGAGUCACUCCACAACCACAACAACAACAAGGACAACAACAACAACAAGGACAAUACUAGCAACAAGGACACUAGCAGCAAACAAGUCGUGACCAAAGUGGGCACCACGGGCAACGACGAUGGCAAGGUCACGGCCAUUACUCCGGAAAAUAUUGGAAUCAGCAUUCGAAAAAUCGAUUCCGAGGUCGGACACUUUACCGUCACGGAUAUUGGAAGUAUUCGAAUAUGCGUCGAAACAACCUCGUCUCUGAUGGGAUCCGACAACAAGCAAAACAACAAUACUAAUAAUGCUGCACCAUCCAACAAUCGCAACAGCAACAACAACAAUGCACUCACAACACAACAGCAACAAAAGCAAGACGAAAAGAAGACGAGCGCUCUGGAUUUGAAAAAGUUCUACAAUUUUACUCUCAAAGUGGGUCGACAAAUGCAAACAAAUGUCAUGGAAGUUAAAGAAGCUGUAUCGGAAGACUUUCCAGGCAGAAGCUACCGAUUUGGAACCAAGGUCGUACAGCGAUUCCAAAGGACCACCGAUCAAACAUUCGUCUACAUGGGGAAAAUACUAGACAGUUGGUGGAGGAGCAUGUAAUACCGGUACGCGAACGAUCGACCUGCCCUCUAGUAACGUGCGUAAAAGCUAAUUUAUACCAGUAAUACUGGUAGAACUAUGUGCCAAUGAAACGGUGAUUUGCUACCGUACUGAUGUGCCGCA